AUCCACUCAACCCUAAUCAAAACCCUAGCCCCCUUUCACUCGCAGCAGCCAGAAGCUCCAUCGACAAUGGGUAUCGAUUUGAAGGCAGGGGGUAAGUCCAAGAAGACAAAACGAACCGCACCAAAAUCCGAUGAUAUCUACCUCAAGCUUCUCGUCAGGCUUUACCGUUUCCUUGAUCGGAGGACUUCCAGUAAUUUCAAUAAGGUUAUCCUUAGGCGUCUUUUCAUGAGCAAAGUUAAUAGGCCACCGCUAUCUCUCUCUAGGUUGGUUCGCUUCAUGAAGGGAAAGGAGGGUAGGAUUGCUGUAGUUGUGGGUGCUGUGACAGAUGAUAUUCGUGUUCACGAAGUGCCUGCAAUAAAGGUAACUGCUUUAAGGUUCACGGAAACUGCUAGAGCUAGAAUUGUGAAGGCUGGUGGGGAGUGCCUUACCUUUGAUGAACUUGCUGUUAGAGAACCUUUAGGCAAGAAUGUGUUUCUUCUUAGAGGCCCCAAAAAUGCUCGUGAGGCUGUUAAGCACUUUGGAAGAGCUCCUGGUGUGCCUCACAGUCAUACCAAGCCCUAUAUCCGUUCUAAAGGACGCAAGUUUGAGAAGGCCAGAGGAAAGAGGAAGAGCAGAGGCUUCAGAGUUUAAGUUUUGGAGUUCAAAUAUGAAAGGCCUUUCCUUUUAUCCCAUUAUCGUACUGUAUUGUUUUAUCCCUUUGUGGUGUUGGAACAAUUUGUUUUGUUUUUAUAUUUCUUUCUCCCCAAGGGGAAGAUGAAUGAACCGGCUACCCUACAAUUUUGUUUAAGCACAAACUAUGUUGAAUUUUUUUUAGAGAAUUAAUGAGAAUUUGGUUAUUUUAUAAA